AUGCCACACUGCCAAGCAAGAUCAAUCAGUAGAGAAGACUUCUCGAACAUUUUUCGAGGAUACGACAAAGUAGGUUGUGAUGAAACUUUCACAGUAUGUUUAUUUAUGUUAUAGGUAUUUGGCUACUCAAUUUUUCGCUUAAUUUUCCAUAAGGAAAUCGGAAUUUUAAUAAGAAGCAUUGUAUUGGAAUAUGGUUUGCACUUGCCGUCAUCUGUCAUCAAACAGUGCCAGCCAUCAUUCAAUCGCAAUCCAUCAGCCGUUGUUCAAUUGUUGGAAGAUGUGGUGGAACAAUGCGCUGAAAACAAGCCAGUCGAUACUGCUUCGCUUCUCGGGGUUUGUUUUUUUUUGUUGAACAUUUUAAAAUAUCAAUAUGCAACAACUUUCAGAAAUUGAUCUCAAUUCCCGAAAGCGAAACAUUGAAACAACUAAAAAUAAUGCGAUGCAAUGCCGGAGUCGCAAUGGAUUUUGUUCUGAAACUCGGCAAUUCGGACAAUUUUACAGUGGCAUUGUGGCUAAAGUUAGUUUUAAAAUCUUUUAUGGUGAACUUGGUGCUCCUAAAUAAUUAAAUAAACUCAACUUAACAACGCCUAACUGAUUACAGAAGUAUGAAAGAAGCAUCAAUGAGCCUCAGCCGUCAUGAUGCGCAGAUGUUAGAAGAUUCACAUCGAAACUACUUGAAGUCUUUAUUCUCAUCGAGCACAUCAAUAAAGUUUUAA